AGUGUGUCCGUGGAUGAAGAGUUCAACAUAGGUUUAGGUGUUUUGUGUGUAAAUUACUACCUCCUUGGCGAAUGUGCGAUUAUGGAUAUCAUGUUUCAAAAACAUCAUGUCUUCAUCGUUUUGACAAUUUUGCUUUUUUCUGCAUUCGAGUAUACAGAUGGCAGUCGAGUCUUGCUUCCACCGCUGAAACCCCGAAGCGCACAGGACACGAACGAGAGCGUCGCGUCAAGGCUGGAAGUUUUCCAUGCGCUGUCCGGGACAUUGAUUCAUGCUACGUCGGCUCUGCAGGUGCCAGUGCGUCGCGAUGGCUCGAUUUGCUUGGUAGACAAGCAGACCGUCGUGAAUAUUUUGAGCAGUCGCUACGAACCGCACAACUCAGUGUCCUUUCUCGGUGAUGUGGUUCAGAUGCUGCCUUACGGUUCACCAGGGAAGAACGCAAAAGAUGUGGGAGCCAAUGAGGUCCAGAAGAUAGCGCCCUUCGGAAUAUACUGUCCUGACAAGGCGUCAGAUAAAGUCGGUGCUGACAAAGAGGGCCAGGACCGCUCGCCGACUGGAAGUAGUAGUACGGUGUCGGACGCGGACCAGGACGACAAUGCAAAUAGUAGUACGGUGUCGAGCCGCGAGAGCCGGAAUAUUAAGAGCGCGGAGGCGGGCUCGCCGCUCUUCCGGGUGAAUGUGUUGUUUCGGCGGGACUCGAUUUUCGUCGCGCACUUGCAAGACUUCAAGAUUUUGCUGGAGGGCAUGGAGAGACACUACGCGAGAGGGUCUCUUGGGGUCGCUGGCAACGGGGUCUGUGCUCGCAAGGACGAGAAAGAAGAGGUAGUUAGUAUCCCGCCUCCUUUGGGACCUGCGCAUUACGAGGAACAUAACCCCUUCGUUUGUAGCACGAACGCCGUUCUGCGUAGCGCGGUGCUGAAUUACCAUCGGCAGGGACUUGGGGGCAUCUUUGCGUCGCUGGUGCGGGGUCUGUUUCGUGUGGCGCACAUUUGGAACGAGGUGGAGCCGUUCCGCCCGUUCCGGGGAGCUUCGAAGUGGAUGGUGGAGACUACAUGUUAUGGCCCGGAUCUGUGGAUUGCUAGUCUGGAUGGUUUCGAAGAAAAAGUCCUUCCGAAUGCAGAGGUACAGACCGCCUUUGCACUGGCGCGGGGUGCACCCUUCAAAGCCUGGGUCAUGGAGAGUGUCGAAACAUCGCCGGAGUUUUUCUGCAGUACGAAGCAAAUGUCUUUCCGCUGGCGGGCUGCAGACUCAACCACGUCGGACACUGCACAGCCAGUCAACUGUGAGAAGGCCACGUAUCUGGAGCUCGCUUACACGUAUACUCGUGAUGGAAAGUACCGCCUCACAAACCUGAUAUUACGUCUCAGGAUUCGAGGCGAGACCGUAAUCAAAGCCCAUCUCUACGUCACCUAGUUUUCUACUGCAGUAGCUUGUUUGUCAAACAUAUCCAUUUUUCACGAGGACCCGAAGGUCUGCCGUUUCAACGUGAUUUUGUGCUGUAAAAAACGCCUGCUUGCAGCACACACGAACUCGUCCCGUACUGUACAAAGGUAAGAUGUUGACAGCGCAUGCUGUGAGACUACAGUCAUCUUCUUUCCAGGACCG